AUGGGUAACACGUCGCCCACCCCUCGCCAGCUUCUGGUGGAAGCAGUGGUGUUCUGGAGUAUAGCUGUCGUUCUCGUUGCCGGUAGAAUCAUAUCUCGAACGAUCGCCAAUGGAUCGAUCAAGCGGCUAGGUUUCGAUGACUAUGUUAUGAGCGCGACCUUUUUGAUCUAUACCUCAUUGUUAAUCCUCAUCCAAAUCUCCGCGCGCUAUGCGACCAACCUCAUGGAUCCGGCGGACUACCCGCAAGUGCUGGCCGACCCCAAGCAAGUCCAGGAUCGCAUUUUCGGCAGCAAAAUCGUCAUCGGCCUCGAACAAUGCAUGCUCUUUUCAACCUGGGGCGUCAAGAUUUGCAUGCUGAGCUUGUUCUGGCGCCUGACCAAGAAUCUCCGCUUACAUCUAUACGUCAAGUGCAUUGCCGUUUACGCCGCGGUCGGCUUCGUCGUCAUUAUGGUCACCUACUAUGCCGUAUACUGUCGGCCAUUCUCGCAGUAUUGGGCCAUGCCCGUGCAGAACAUGCAGUGCGCGACCUACCAGCACUACUCCAUCACGCAAGCGGUGUUCAACAUCUCGUCGGACGUGGCGAUGCUCGCCGUGCCCAUUCCCCUGAUGAUCAAGUCGCAGCUGCGGACGAGGAAAAAGGUCCUUCUCAUCUGCAUCAUGAGCCUGGGCGUGUUCACGAUCGUCGCUGCCAUCCUCAACAAAGUCUUCAACUUUGCCUCGCCGCUGACGACAACAUACCAGAUCUGGUACAUCCGCGAAGCUAGCACGGCCAUCUACGUGGCCAACCUGAUAUGCCUGUGGCCGCUGCUGCGGAAGGUCUUUGGCCUCAAGGCGUUCCAGCACAAUAGUGCCCGAUACCGCGAGAAGAGCCCGAACGCGAACAAGGAAUGCUCGGGGGCGUCCGACUCGGGAGGCACCACGGAGAAUAGCUCACAAUCACGCUCGUCCUUCUCGCUGCAUCGUGCGCUGUUGGCUCGAAAGGUGCUGAGGGGGUUCGAUCCCAUGCGAAAGUCCGAUCAGCCUGCAGACAAUCCGGGGGUGCUUGACGAGGUGGCCAAGGGUGACAACGGAGCUAAGGAGACACCCCCGGAUGCCUGGGACCAGGUGACUCCUGUCAGUCAGAGCAAGCAGCAUUCGUUGAUUGACAUCGAGGCCGGAACAUUCAGACAGUCCGAUCAAGCGUUUAGUCCUGAGAUUGGCCGAGAACCUCGAUUUCAGAAAUGA